GGAACCCUUACCCGCAGCGGCCAGCUCUUCCUCAUAUGAUUCUGAUUUCUAAUAGUAACACACACAUGGGCGAUUUUUACCCCUAAUCCUUAGGAUGUAGCCAUCAUUGGAGCACAUACGCUCCUCUUCGUUAUGCUUGUGUCCACAGAAGCCGGGCAAGCAGCUCCCGAACUUCUGAAGCUCUCAAACACCUUCCCGCCACAUACCGUAUGGCGGAUGGCGCGGUUCCACGCCCAAUCCCGGUGAGGAGCAAGCCCAAGAAGCCAUGGUCUACAGACCAAACUCGCCGUUAUAGCCUCCCUCUUUCAUACCUGCUUACUUGCACGACUCCGGAAGUUGGCUCCUCGCCUCUCUCGCCGUCCUGCUGUCGGCCGUUCUGACGGUGGCGUCCCUGACACCUGAGGCUCCAUCUCCGCUUGCGCUACGGCCCCCCGGCCUCCCGGUGUGAGUACAAUCUGCUUUUGACGAAUUUACCUCACCCUGCUAUCUUUUCGGUGUUGCGAUCACCACCAUACGGGGCUUCGCGUCCUCGCGGAUCUCGCCCCGACCUUCACUG